AAAAUUCGCGCGGGGUUUUAUAAACUAAGAACUUAUUUCGUAUAUCAAAAGCGCUCCAUGGGGUAUUAGACUGUCUAUAAGCUGGUUUUAUUAGAUAGGAUCCUGUAUAAUAAGUUCAUUUUUUGUCUUCAAAAUGUGGAUACAAGUUAGAACAAUGGACGGUAAAAAAAGCUUCCAAUUAGAUGGUUUGAGUAAGCUUACAAAAAUAGAAGAUCUUCGAUUAAAAAUGAAAGAUCAGCUUGAAGUGCCACCUUCAAAGCAAAGACUUUUUUUCGCAGGAAAGCAGUUAGAAGAUGGUCAUACUUUAUUUGAUUACAACAUUGGCUUAAAUUCUCUUAUACAAGUGAUGAUUCGAAUUGACACUCCUGAUGAAACUCCCUCUGGUUUCACAAAACUUGAAGAAAAUUUAUGUUUAAAUAAUGACUCUGUAAAACUUGAAGAAAAGAAGUCUACUUUUAACACUUCAAAUUUAAGAUGGAAGGUUUCAGAACUAAUCGAUGGUAAAGAUGUUACUAUGGGUGCUUGGUUUGAAGGAAAAAUAGAAAAAAUAUCAUUUGAUGAAAACAAUGAAGUAUUAUAUCAUGUUACUUUCGAUGGUUAUGACGAAAACGAAUUAGUGCCUCUUUCUGAAAUAAACAUACGUCCUAGAGCAAGGACAAAAGUUCCUUUUGAAGAGCUACAACCAGGUAUGAUUGUAAUGGCAAAUUAUAAUUUUGACUCCCCAAAGGAGAGAGGAUUUUGGUAUGAUGUGACAGUUACAAAAAAGAUUAACAAGAGAAAUUCAAAGGAAUUUAUUGGAACAGUUCAGUUAAGUUCAGAUAAAACAACAUUAGAAGAGUGCAAAUGUAUAUUCACAGAUGAAAUUUUUAAAAUAGAGAGUUCAGAUAGUCCAUUGGAGUGUAAUGAUAAAAAUACUCCUGAACUUCGGAAAAACAAGCCAGAUUGUGAUACCUGUAAAGAUAAUCCAAAUAUAAAAUGCAAAGAGUGUGGUUGCCAUAAGUGCUCUGGUAAAGAUGAACCAGAAAAAACACUAAUGUGUGAUGAAUGUGAUAUGGCAUAUCAUAUGAAGUGUCUUGACCCUCCUCUCAUAACUUUACCUGAAGAAGAUGAAUGGUACUGUCCUGAAUGUAAAAAUGAUGGUUCCAAUGUAAUAAAGGCUGGUCAAAAACUCAAAGAAAGUUCAAAGAAAGCAAAGAUGGCUUCUGCUAAUUCCAAAACAAAUCGUGAUUGGGGAAAAGGUAUGGCAUGUGUUGGAAGGACUAAAAUAUGUACAAUUGUCCCUUCUAAUCAUUUUGGGCCAAUCCCUGGUGUACCUGUUGGGUCUUGCUGGAAGUUUCGUGUACAGGCAAGUGAGGCAGGAGUUCACAGACCUCAUGUAAGUGGCAUGCAUGGAAGAGACUCUGAAGGAGCAUACUCAAUUGUUUUAGCUGGAGGAUAUGAGGAUGAUACUGAUGAGGGAGAUGAAUUUACCUAUACUGGAAGUGGUGGAAGAGAUUUGUCUGGUAAUAAAAGAACAGCUGAACAGUCAUUUGACCAAAAGCUUACAAAAACAAACAGGGCAUUGGCUAAGAAUUGUGAUUGUCCUGUCAAUGACAAAAAAGGUGGCGAGGCAGUUAAUUGGAAAGAAGGAAAGCCAAUACGUGUAAUUCGAAGUUACAAGUUUGCAAAGCAUUCCAAGUUUGCUCCAGAAGAAGGAAUACGAUAUGAUGGCAUAUACAAAGUAGUUAAAUACUGGCCUGAAAAAGGUCAAUCAGGUUUUAUUGUUUGGAGGUACAGACUUCGCCGAGAUGAUGAUUCACCAGCCCCUUGGACAAAGAAAGGUAAAGAAUAUAUUAAGAAAAUGAAUCUUGAAAUACAGUAUCCCGAAGGUUAUCUAGAAGGUCAGGCAAAGAAAGAAGCUGAAAAAUUAAAUUCAAAAGUUGAAAAAAAUGCAAAACGAAAACUAAAUGACAGCCAAGAGCAAGAUGAUAGUUCAGACAGCAACUCUACUAAAUCUUCACCUAAAAAAUUGAAGACUGCAUACAAAGUUGAAACUGAAUUUCUGACUCUUAUAAAAGAUGAUUCGAAAAAUAAAAAAAUAUGGGAUGAACUUAUUGAAAAACCUGAAUCUCACCAGAAGUUUUUACAAUCAGUUGAAGAUCGUUUUGUGUGUAUUUGUUGCCAAGAAGUUGUUUAUCAACCAAUAACUAUUGAUUGUGGUCAUAAUACAUGCAAGCCUUGUCUUCAACGAGCGUUUAAAGCUGGUAUCCAUUCGUGUCCUUCAUGCCGAUUUGAAUUAGGAAACAACUUUAGUAUGUCGAUAAAUGUGUCACUUUCUAACGCUUUAAAAAAGUUAUUUCCUGGAUACGACGCUGCUAGGUAAAAUGGUACAAUAUAUUAAAUACUAUGCUGCUAGUUGAAGUUGAAAUCGAUAAGCUAUUAUUUUGAUACAAUACUGCCAGGUGACGAAAGCAAAUAAUGCGGUAGAUUUAUGAUGCGCUUACAGUAGUUUGAAAACUUUUCUAAAGAAUCAUAAAAAAUGUUUUAGCGUUUUACUUGUUCAAAAUAUAAUUUCAUUUUUUAGUA